CCUAAUUGUUUGCUCAUGACGGAUAUUCCGCAGUGUUUUCCAGUAAAGAGUGUUGAAAUGACAAACUAAUGAUCGUACCACUUCUUUAUAAAAGUGAGAACUAAUAGGUAGACCGAAAAACCCUGAGGGUCCACAACUGAGCUUAGAGGCCUUUUAUUAAGACGCACGUGCACUGACGAUGAACGCAAAGCUCUUCCUCACGCUCACGACGGCGGUGGUCUUCAGUUGCUAUGGCGCCCUCUCGUGCCCAAAAGAGUGUUCGUGCCACAUCAGCAACAAAACUGUUGAGGUUGUCUGUCACCAGCCUACAAUGGAUCGUUUCCCCGGAGAGAGCCUUCCAGGUAACACCACUUCCCUGACCAUCCAGUACACCAACCUAAGUGCCAUCACUGGGCAUGACCUCAGAGCUAUACCUCUCCUACAAGAGCUCCAUCUGCCUGGGAACAAACUAAGCAGUCUGCCUGAAGAUCUGCUGAUGGGACUGCCUCAUCUACACACUUUAGACCUCACAGGUAACCAGCUAAAAGAACUACCCCCACGUGUGUUCCACCAUGCACCCCUCCUCAACCUUGUGCUCAAAGAUAACCUCCUCACCAUAACCCACGCAGACUGGCUUCCAAAAAACAGUAAUCUGACAUGGCUGGACCUAUCAGGGAACAGCCUUAGGAAGGCACCUGUGGUCCUGCUACAGAAUCUUCGACACCUGGUCACCCUGCACCUUUCUCAGAACCAAAUAGAGGAGCUCCCACUAGGAACCCUAAGUCCUCUAUCUAGUCUGGAGAGACUGCAUCUGGAUGAGAACAAACUUCAGUCCCUGGAUGCUUCGGCUUUUAGCCACUCUACAAAUAUAACGCAUCUGUUCCUUCAGAAUAACAAAUUGAAGAGUCUUCCUGCCAAUGUCUUCCAUGGGCUGAAACGUCUUGAAUAUCUGGACAUUAGUGAGAACGCCUUGCGUUUUCUUGCCCCUGGGACCUUAGACACAGGAGUAAGUUCAGUAGAGCUGAGCCUUAACCUAUGGCACUGUGAUGCUGAGAUUGAGUAUCUUUGGGAUUGGCUGAAGAGAAAAGCAGAUGCGGCUGACGUGAAGUGCGCAUCACCCGAGAGCCGGCGGGACAGGAAGAUCGUGACACUCACGCGCACAGAGCUGGGCCUGACAGAGUGAUGAGGGAAGGAAAUCAAAGAGAAGAGAAGACACCAGAAGACAAAGAUGUGAAGAACACAAUAAGAGAAGUGAGAGAGGGAAAAGAGCAGGAGAGGGUUUCGAGAAUGAACGUGAUUAUGGGAAGCAGUAGCGCAGAGGGGCUAAGUUGAAGAAGGGAAGAUGAGAGAAGAUGACGUGUAAGGAGGGGAAUUAUUAACUAUUCAGUCUGUACUGGAGAUUAGACUGCGCUGAUACGGCAUUGUUUUGGACAGGCUUAAAAAAAAAAAAAGUACUGACAUGAUAAAAUAUUGAAAAUGACAACAUUUUAAGAUAUAACAAUAUUGAAAAAAAUGAAAAAAAAAAUAUUCACUUGGUAAAAAUGAUGAAUUUAAUUCAAUCUAAAACAAUUCUAAUAAAAAUGAAAAAUACUGCAAAUGAAAUGAUGGUAAAGCUUUGAUUCUGAAGUACAACACAAAUGAUCAGGAAAUACUUCGCUCAGAUCCGACGCAGGAAGGUUAGUACACAGUUUCAGAAGGGGCAGUCAUUUUAAAAGUACGUUUUCAGACGUACAUAGCGCUCUUUUCAUUCUUUGUUGUAUGCGGUGACUCCACACAGACAAAACACAAAGAGAGAGAGAGAGAGAAAGGUCAAAUUUUCAUCUUUUAUUUGAAAUGUGAAUCAACACAGGGAACCAAAGCAUUACGUUAGAGGAGAUAGAAAAGUCGGGACAAUCUUCGUCACUGGUGAGGAAUGACUGCGCAUUCAAGCCCACCACGCUUUAAACAUCCCUCUUAUUCUGUCUCUCGUCACGCUGGGGCACCUCUUUGUUCAAUAAAUAAAAAGCCUCUUUUAUCA